AGCUCCUCCAGCGUGUACAUUCGUUCGUUCAGCCUGCGUGCACAGCAACAUGGCGGAUUCAUCAGAGAAUCCGCUCGUAUCAAGCACCCGCGCCUCGGACGCUAGUCCCACCGUUCAGCUUCACCCGCUAGUCCUCCUCACAAUCACCGACUGCGUAACACGGCACACGCUACGGCAGCAGAAAGGGCCGGUCGUUGGGGCAAUACUGGGCGUACAGGAUGGACAGAACAUUACUAUGGAGGUUGCUUUCCAGGCAAAACUCCUGUCAAACCAGGAUGGCGAGACCACGCUCGACGACGAAUGGUUCAGCAAGCGCCUGGAGGACUUCAAGGAUGUACACAAGGAGCCUCAACUAGACAUUGUCGGAUGGUUCACCCUUGGUCCUGCCUCCGGUCCCGAGCCUCACCUUCUUCCCAUUCAUUUACGCAUAUCCGAAGUAUACACCGAAUUGCCACUACUCGUUCUCUUCCACCCCGAAAAUGCAUUCUCCGAGGAGACGGCUGCUGGGAAGCUGCCGCUUACCGUCUACGAGUCCGUCUCCGUCACCACGUCGAGCGACCCGAACGACAAGGCCAUGGAUAUCGACGGCGCAGUACAGCCAAAGUCAAUCAAGUUCCGGGAGCUGGUAUACUCGAUUGAGACUGGAGAGGCGGAAAUGAUCUCUGUAGACUUUGUAGCUCGUGGUGGAGGAAACGCAACGGCAGUCGAAGGCUCAGUUGAUGUAGCAGCGUCAAGCGCUGAGACUCCAACGACCGAUGAAGACGCCAAACAAAAUGCGCGAGGCAAGCAGAAAGAGAAGGAAAAGGAAAAAGAAGAUGCCCCAAUCGAAGAGUCGUCCAUCUUGAAUGCAGAUGACGAAGAGAUAUUAUCGACUCUGACAGCAAAAAUGAACGCCAUCCGGAUGCUUAGUCGACGCAUAGCGCUGCUUCGCGCAUAUCUCAACUCCCUUCCACCAUCAUAUCUCUCGGAUGCAUCUCUCCCAAUCAACCCGACACCUGACGAGCAACAUCCAUUGCCGCUAAAUCACUCGAUUCUUCGUAGCAUUUCAGCCAUGCUUGCUCGUAUCAACAUUCUUGCCCCUCCCGAUUCAGCCACGUUUUCGCUCGAAUCUCAACAAGAGGCGUCUGAUGUGCAGCUUGUCAAUCUGCUGUCGUCCAUCACAAACUCGGUAUCAGCAGCCAAGGAGUUUGGCCGUAAGAGCUCUAUUGUAGAGCAUGCCAAGAACCAGGGCAAGAACCGCAUGGGUACCAUGGGCGGAUACGGAGGAGGUGGUGGAUACUCUGGUGGUAGCUACGGCGACGGGGGCGACGGCAACUUCUUCAAUACUGUCAUGUCAGGAGGCUCAGGAGUGGACAGGUGGUGAUCCCUGUCUACCCUGCCUGUCUUGAUGCGUUAUGAUUAUGUAUGACUAAUGGAAUAUAGACCGAGGAAAGGACCAGUUUUCUUCGCCAAGGCGGACAGGCGGCUUUCGGUUCCAUUUGAGGAUGACGACGAUCUGCCGCCGGACUCUGAAUAUCAGACUCGGCUGUGGGAGUGCAUCGCAGCUAUUGCCCUGAUGGGUCCAGCCUCGGUGGCCCUGUGUAUCCUAACUCCUGUGACGAUUGGGCUCUGCGUCGUAUACAUACACAUUUGGAUGUUGCGCUGGGCGAAGCAGCUUGUAUGUCGACUCUGGCUCGGAGCAUGGCGCAUGGUGCAAGCGAUUUUCCGGAUCUUGUUUGACUUUGCUCUGGGAGCAGCAAAUGCAUAGCAAAUGGCGCUUUUAUGAGUUUUAGAGCAUGAACUAGGGUAGUUGACGUUGCUGGU